UAAGAAAAACUGAGGGAGCAUUUUUGUCAUUUUGCUGUGUAGGGUUAUUCUUGCUUCACUCCCAGAGCACUAUGGCCUCCUUAUCCAUCUUUCAGCCUCUUCCUUUCUCUUCUAAAUCUUUUUCUCCUCUCUGUCUCUCAAAAAUCUCACCAUGUCUGUGAUCUCAGUCUGCAAACUCAAUUUCUGCUCCAUCUCUCCUAUCCCAAACCUCCCCAAGACAACUCCCUUGACAAAAACUGAACUUUCUCUCUCUACAUUCAGAAACCCCACAUUUGCUUUCUCUCUAAGGAUUCAUUAUCUGCCACAUUCGUUGAUACCUCACAAGGAAAAGAGGAACCUUUUUCAAAGCUUAAUUGCUUGUGUCGCUCAGAAAACAGAUUGGGCUCAACAAGAAGAAGAAAAUGAGAUUGAACGCAGUGGUUUUGAUUGGGGUCAGCAAGAAGAAGAAACUGAAUCUACAGAAAAAGAAGAAGAAGGAUUUGUAGAGAAAAUUGGUGAAGAAGAAGAAGAAUACAGUGAACCACCUGAAGAAGCCAAGCUUUUUGUUGGGAAUUUGCCUUAUGAUUUAGACAGUGAAAAGCUUGCUGAACUCUUUGAUAAAGCUGGAGUUGUUGAAAUUGCAGAGAUUAUAUAUAAUAGGGAGACUGAUCAGAGCCGUGGAUUUGGCUUCGUAACGAUGAGCACCGUUGAGGAGGCAGAGAAAGCUGUGGAAACCCUUCAUCGCUAUGAACUUAAUGGCCGGCUUCUCACUGUUAACAAGGCAUCUGCAAGAGGUUCAAGAAUGCAAAGUGUUGGAGAGCUUGAGCCAUCUUACAAGAUUUACGUUGGUAAUCUUCCGUGGCAAGUGGAUGAUGCUCGCUUGGAACAAGUUUUCGCAGAACAUGGCAAUGUGGUCGAUGCUAGAGUUGUCUAUGACAGAGAAAGCGGAAGAUCACGUGGUUUUGGUUUUGUGAAAAUGUCGACCCGGAGUGAACUCGAUGAUGUUAUUGCUGCUCUCGAUGGGCAGAGCUUAGAUGGGAGGUCUAUCAGGGUAAACGUUGCUGAGGAGAGGCCAAGGCGAAGCUUCGUUUAACCAACAACUUUUUCAGUUCUGUCCAUGGCCAUCUUGUUGAUAGCUGCUAUCUAGAGCUCAUAUAGUUAAUUGGUAAUGUUAGAUUUGUCAGGCAGUUUCUUCAGCAGGUGUUAGGCACAGAUUUAUAAGGCGGUUUCUCAAGCAGGUGUUAGGUGCAGUUUUGUUAGGCAGUUUCUUAAGCACGUGUUAGGGAUAUCUCUCUUUCCAAUGUAUUUGUUUUGUAUUUGUGGUUACAUGAAUUUACUGAGGCAUUGAGUGAGAAAUUUCAUCUUUCUCCAGGAAUCAUUGUAAUCAAUUUUUGUGAGAAUGAGAAUUGAGUUUUUGCCUGCCAA